AUUAACUAACGAAUUUUUUUAAUAAACAAAUUAUAUCGGCAAAGAUUAAUAUUAAUCAGAUAUUUGAGGACUCCUAAGGUUAUGUAAAUUUUAAUUGCACUUCCCUAUCAACUCCUAUUUAUGUGUCUGUGCGUGUGUGUAAUAUGUUUUCAUAACUACCUACAUGUGUGCGAAAUUGUGUUUUUUGUAACUCCCUUGUUGUCGUUAUCCAAAGAGGCGAGGACUCAACAUACACGGUUUGUUAAUGAUUUCAAUAUUUAAUAUGCUUCAUAAAAUAAACAAAUGAAUGUGGGAAAUCUUACAGUGGUAUUAAAAAAGUGACAACCUAAAAUUUGUGUAUAUUAUGUUACUAAAAAUAUAACUAAUUAAAUAUAAAUUUAAUACCCGCCUAAUAAAAAAAAAACUACUCCCAACAUAAACAACAACCCAAAUCCCAACAACAUGAGUUUUGAACAACAUCAUCAACACCAGCAGCAGCACCAGCAUCAUCAACAUCAUCAUCAUCACCAUUAUCAUCAUCAGCAGUAUUUCAGUUUGCCAAUGCCAAGUCAGCAGAAUUUUUGGUAUAUUAUACAUCUAAUAUUGUUUUUAAUAGAUAUAACAAAUUCUCUAACCAUGACGGAGGUGAAAAUACCCAAUCAUAUAAUGCGCUUUAAAAGUGCCAUUUUAGGUUGUCGUUACAGUCUCGAUGGAGAAUCUUUGUAUUCAGUAAAAUGGUAUAAAGACGGUCAUGAAUUUUAUCGUUAUGUGCCACGAAAUAAACCACCGGGACAGGCAUUUCCUUUGCCGGGUAUCAAUGUUGACCUACGCAAUUCCUCCGACACACAAGUGGCUCUUAGACGUGUCACACUGCAGUCAACGGGCGUUUAUAAAUGUGAAGUAUCUGGUGAAGCACCCGCAUUUAAUACAGUUUCUGAAUCAGAAACUAUGACAGUCGUUA